AUGAUAUCGAUUAUAGUGAUUUUUGGAUUUAACAGAAUAUGCGUUAUUAUGGAAGAAAAUGGCCAAAUAUAUUCAUCAUUGACAUUUAUUUGCGUGGAUGCUACUGUAAUAUCAUUAAUGAAUACUUGCGAUGGAAUUCCUCAUUGCCCUGAUUCUUCGGAUGAAGUUGCUACACUGUGUCGUCAUGUUGUAUGUCCCAUGAAUAUGUACAGAUGCAGUUAUGGCGCUUGCGUAAAUCGUACAUCGCGAUGCAACGGUUUGGUAGAUUGCGUGGAUGCUAGCGAUGAGAUCACUUGCAAUCGAAAUCCUAACGAUAUUUGUUCCGAUAAAGAGUUUCAAUGUUCUACCAUUCAACGAGAGUGCAUAUCUCUCGACGAUGUGUGCAACGGAUAUAAAGAUUGCUCGGAUGAAAGCGAUGAAAACGCAACAAUUUGUCGCGAGUACCCAUGUCCUGAAUAUACAUUCCGUUGUUUAUAUGGAGGUUGUAUUUAUCAAGAAGUGAUUUGCGACGGUAUCAAAGAUUGCAUCGACGGCACCGACGAAGAUUCAAAUAUGUGUGCGACUAUUAAUUGCGAAGGUGAAAAAUGCUCACAAUAUAAAUGCCGAGACGAAGAAUUUGCAUGUGAAAAUAGACAGCAGUGCCUACCAAUAGCUAAAAUAUGCGAUGGUAUUCGACAUUGUGCAGAUGCAUCUGAUGAGAAUUCAAAAAUGUGUAAAAUACGUGAAUGUCCUGAAAAUUGGUUUCGUUGCGCUUACGGCGGAUGUAUUCGACCGGAAUUGAAAUGUAAUUCUCGGUUAAAUUGUUACGACUGGAGUGACGAGGACGAGUCUUUAUGCGCGAUAACGCUGCCUGAAGGUGCUUGCCGAUUGCCCGCUGCAAAAGCAGGAACGCAUUAUAAUGUGAGCGGAUGUUCAAGAUGUCGACCAGGCGAUAUUGUUCCAGAACUUACAUGGCUCGACUAUACUUGCGACAUUGAAAGUUCUUUGCAAGGUGCUAAUAGAAUUUAUUGCCAAAGUAACCAGUGGUUUCCCAGUAUUCCAAAUUGUGCUGUUAAAAACGAAAUCGAAGAAAUAACAUGCCCGCCGCCGUUUGAAGCAUACGGUACGAUUAAACGAUGUAAAGCGAUGUGGGGUCCUCACGAAGGAUGGUUACCUUGCGAUCAAGCCCUUCCAGUCGCGGCACCAUUGAUCGUAAAAGGAUGGCGCGUCGAAAAAGAAGAAACACUACCUUGGCAAGCUACCCUCUUCUCGCACGAAAAUGGUCAAUGGAGGUUCUUUUGCGGUGGUACGUUGAUAGGAGAACGCAUUGUGUUAACUGCCGGUCACUGCGUUUGGAAGACCUCGGCAGACACAGUGCGCGUUGCUUUCGGGAUCCUUUCGAGUGAUUUAAAUCAAGCAGGGGAAAACGCGCAGGUGAUCGACGUAGAAAAUAUUAAAUUACAGAGUGCGUAUCAAGAUCACGAGAGUAACUAUGGCUCAGACAUCGCAUUGCUAAUCUUGAAGGAAACUGUGACCAUUAACUCGAUUGUUAGGCCCGUUUGUAUUCCUUGGCGCUCGGAUGCAACAUUGACGGAAUACCAAGAAGCUGGUAGAUUUGGAUUGGUAGCUGGAAUGGGAUUGACUGAGAACGAUACAUUUAGUCCAGUUUUAAGAAUAACUACAAUGAAAAUUAUUUCCGAUGAUAAAUGUCGUCAAAAUCAGAAUAGAGAUUUUUGGAAAUAUUUGACUUACACAUCCUUUUGCGCCGGAUGGGCAAAUGGCACUGGCGUAUGCAACGGAGAUAGCGGCGGAGGAUUGGUACUUCUUCAACGAUUGAAUUCUAGCAUUUGGGAAGUUCACGGAAUCGUCUCUGUGAGCCCACGAAGAUUGGGCACUAGCAUAUGCAAUCCCAAUUUCUAUACUGUUUUCACUAAGGUUUCGAUAUAUAUCGAUUGGAUCAACACGAUCAUCGAGAAUAUAUCAAUAAUUGGCCCACCUGAUCGAGAUCGGCAACCAAACAGAGAUGAUAUCAUUGUUUAAAAACAGUGAUAAGUUAAUAUUGCGCGUACCUUUAUAAAUUCGAAAAAGCUUUUCAAUCAAAGAAAUCAAUAUCCACCCACACACACACACACACACACACACACACACACACACACACACACACACACACACACACACACACAUAUAUGAUUCUUUUAUAAGUUCAUUUAAUUUGCGCAGUAUCUCUCUAAAAA